AUGCCAGCGGACCCAGCAUCUGCCAGCUUCCGCGCGCUGCAGCUCGCAAACGGGUUCCUCUCCCCCGCCGUCGAGGCGCAGAGGGCCGCGUGCCGCGCGCUGGGCGCCGCCGCCAGCUGCGGCGGGGCGCCGCUGGCCGUGCUCCCAGGCACCGCCGCCGCGCCCGUGGCGUGCGACCCCGCGGCGCUCGAGGCGGCCCUGGAGGGCGCGCCUCCUGCCGCGGGAGCGGCCAGCGCCGCCAGCCUCUCCGUAGACCUCGCACUCUACGACGACGCGUUCGGCGGCAACGCCACGGCGGUCGUGGUCUGCGGUUGCGUGCAGGACUGGCGCGUGGCCAGCCAGCCGCCCGAGCCAAACGCCGACGGCUUCGUCCAGGCUGGCAAGUGCAAGAAAGGGUCGCAAGGCCUCGCCAGCGGCUGCGCGGCCGUCCCGAGCGAGCUUCAGCGGGCCAUCGAGCACCUGGAGGCCUUCCCCAGCCCGGGCGGUGGCGGCGAUGAGUUCGUGGCGGAACGGCUGGCCGACCUGCGCGCUCAGAAGGAGGAGGCGGCAGCUGCGUUGGCCGCAGACAAGGAGGCGGGCCUGUCGCCAGCGGCCAGGCUGCGCAAGGCAGCCAACACGGCCAGCAAGGCUGAGCGCAAGGCGGCGGGGGCGAGGAAGGCCCUUGCAGCAGCCACCUCAGAGGCUUCUGAAGCGGAGGCGACCCUGCAGGCGGCGCACGACAGGCUGGAGGAUGCCGAACUCUGCCAGAGGGAGGCGCAAGACCACCCCACGGCGGUGGAGGAAGAGGCUGCGAAUGCCAAGGCGAGUCAGGAGCGGCUGCGGACGCGCACGAUCCCGACGGCGCAUUCGGUAGGCAACUUCGCCAGGGCAUUGGAGCUCACCACGCAGCAGCUGCAAGCGGAAGAGGAGAUGCUCGUCCUGCAGGAGCCUGAAGCCACGGCGCGGCCUCGGAAGAGGUGGGGAGACUCCUGCCUGUUGGACGGCGGGGACAUCGACUCCGACUCGGACAUCGACCUGGGGCCACCCGCACAGCCAGCCGCCGAACGCGGGCAGGCUCAGCGGCGGCCGCCUGCGGCGGGCCCGUGGCUGUGA